CGUGUUCCAGCAUGAGGUGACUUUCUUGACCGGCCACCUGUCUAUCUUGAAAACAGCUCAACACAGCACAUCAUGGGCAAGUCCAGGCCAGCCACGUCUGGUUAUGCCAGAAUUGCGCAGGCAGAAGAGGAGGAUGACGAUCUAAACCUCUCCGACGAGGACAUUCACCAAGGCCAGUCCCGCAUCUCGGUUGAAGCGGAUGGCACGAGCUAUGCACCUAUACAACCAAAACGCCGAGAGCGUAUGGAUCUGCCUGAUGGCCGACCUCCCAAUCGACGACGACGCACCAACUCCGGGGUCGACAUCAAGGCCAUCAAUGCCAGAUUGGAGAAAUGGGCCGAUGACAUCGCUCAGAAAUUCAAGAUCCGCAAGAUCAAGGGCAAAUCGCAAGAGGAGGAACACUUGGAGAUACACCACUCGGUCUUCCAGGCUCCCGAUUGGAUCAGACCAGCUACAGCAGAGACAUUGGCCUCAGAAGACGACGAGCCCAGUGGUGACAGGAUAUCCAAAAUCGAAUUCGACGACAUUGUGGAAAGCGUCAGAGUUGCUAUUGAAAUGGGCAUGCAGCCGAAACUCAUCGCUCAAGGAAGCUCCGGUAGUUACUUUGCACGAAACACGUCCGGUAAGGUUGUCGGGGUAUUCAAGCCAAAGGACGAAGAGCCGUACGCAUCAAAGAACCCAAAGUGGACAAAAUGGAUUCAUCGGAACCUGUUUCCCUUCUUCUUUGGACGAGCAUGUCUCAUUCCCAAUCUCAGUUAUAUCUCCGAAGCAGCAGCCUAUGUUCUGGACAGCCGGCUAAGGACGCACCUAGUACCAUACACAGACGUGGUCACACUUUCCUCCAAAGCCUUCUUCUAUGAUUUCUGGGACAGGCGGGCACAUUAUCGCAAAGGCAAGCCAUUUCCUGAGAAGCAGGGCAGUUUCCAGGUCUUCCUCAAAGGCUUCAAGGACGCAAACAUCUUUUUGAAAGAACACCCGUGGCCCGAUCAACACAAUUCCGGAUUCAGGACAGACGCUGCACCAAAGCGAAAGAGGAGAUGGGGAGAGGAUUGCCGGCCCAGGGGUGCCCCUUCCGAUGACGAGGACGAAGAUGUGGAUGGACCUCAAGCCCCAUACAGUGAUCGACGACGAUCUCGCACUAAAGUCUUCUGGACGCCCGCUCUUCAGCAAUCCUUUCGUGAACAGCUCGAGAAGCUCGUGAUCCUCGAUUACAUCAUGCGCAAUACGGACCGCGGGCUCGACAACUGGAUGAUUAGGAUUGAUCAACAAACCCAGGAAGCAGAAAUAGUCAUUGAACCUCCAAAUAAGCAGACAGAUGGGCAAAUAGACCCGUACAGAAGGCAGGAAAGCAUGACCGCAGGCGGCCAGACCAGUCCAAGACCUUCUGCUACUGUGACUCUGGGAGCUAUCGACAACAGUCUGUCUUGGCCUUGGAAGCAUCCUGAUGCUUGGAGAAGCUUCCCAUUCGGCUGGCUCUUCCUGCCAGUAUCUCUGAUCGGCCGUCCCUUCUCAGAAAAGACCAAGCAACAUUUCCUCCCUUUGUUGACUUCGAAACAAUGGUGGAGCGAAACUCAGAUUGCUUUGCGCAAGUGUUUCGAGCAAGAUGCCGAUUUCCAGGAGAAGAUGUUUGCACGACAAAUCGCCGUCAUGAAAGGUCAGGCUUGGAACGUUGUCGAAACUCUCAAGACGCCGGAUCACGGUCCUCUGGAACUGACUAGACGUGCUCGCGUUUGCGUAUGGGAUGAUCUGGUGGAGAUUCCUGUGGCCGUUCCUCUGCGCCCAUCCAACGACCUCCGUCACAAGCACGCUGAUAUUAUUAAAGGGCCAGGAAUCAGAGAGGAGGAAGAGAUGGACAUCAGUGCUGCCUAUGCUUCCGCACCUCCGUUGAAGACAAGUCUCCUUGGUCCCGAUCACCCUCAAAAUAACCGCUUCAACAUCUCGCGACAGAACAGUAGUGGAGAUGUUAGACGUAGCGAUGAUAGCAUCGCUCCUCUUUCGCCUUCAAGUGUGCAGGGCUUUACCUUCGAUACUGCGAAAGAGUCAAGGUCCGCACGUCCUGUCGCGAUCCGCACAAAGUCAAGGCUGAGUCUUGAUGAGACGAGACGAUUGUUCGACAAUCUUGGCGAGCGCAGGAGGUUCUCCUUCGCAAUCAACAAGAGAAAUGACGAGGUGGAUGUGGAUGAUGCGGAGCUAGAUGGUGACCUAGGUUUUGCUGCAGCAGAAGACCAAGAAGGCUACAGAAGAAAGGUCAUCGUCGAGAGGAUUGAAAUGAUCAAGGGUAGAGCUCCUGUCUUUACCUGGUGCUAGUGUAACAUGACAACGGUGUUCCGGAAUUGGGCUCUUGCAUGGAGGUGGGGACUGGAUGCAUUGCAGGGCGCUGGCUGUACAGAUACCACGUGUAUACUUAGGAAACCUGAAUUGAACGAUUGAUGACAG